AUGGAACAAUUCAGCAUCAACAGGGACAAGAUCAAGUGUUUUGGAGAAAUGCUGAGAAUUAUCUUUGUUCCAGGAACAUCCCAACUGACAGCCAAAGACAUCUUAUACCGACUCCAGGCUUCAAAGGCCAAGUGCAUCAUUACCAGUGACACACUGGCACCUGCAGUGGAAUCUGUUGUGCCUGACAGCCAGUUUCUGAAAAGUAAACUAAUUGUAGGCAAAGGGAGCAGGGAUGGGUGGCUGAACCUCAAAGAACUCGUUGCGGUGGCAUCUGCUGAACAUAAAUGUGUCAAGACAAGAAGUCAAGACCCAAUGCUGAUCUAUUUUACAAGUGGAACUACAGGCUUUCCAAAAAUGGUGGUGCAGUCCCACAGCAGUUAUGGCAUCGGACUUGUAUCUGGUGGCAGGCGUUGGAUGAACUUGACUCCUUCAGAUAUAAUGUGGAAUACCUCUGAUACUGGAUGGGCAAAAGCAGCUUGGGGCAGUGUUUUUGCACCAUGGAUCUGUGGAUCUUGUGUCUUUGUACACCACAUGCCACAAUUUAAACCAGCAGUUAUUGCAGAGACUCUCUCAAGAUACCCCAUCACUACCUUCUGCACUGCUCCCACUGCCUACCGCAUGCUGGUCCAACAUGAUCUGAGCAGGUACAAGAUGAUGAGUCUGAAACACUGCAUAUCUGCAGGGGAACCACUCAAUCCUGAAAUGAUGGCAAAGUGGAAAUCCCAGACAGGGGUGGAUAUCCAUGAAGGUUACGGCCAGACCGAAACAGUGACAAUCUGUGCCAACAUGAAAGGAACGAAAAUUAAACCUGGCUCUUUGGGAAAAGCUGUUCCCCCUUAUGAUGUGCAGGUACGUCGAUAUGUUGCAGUUGGGGGUAGAUGAGGAAGGAAUGCUGUCUGU